AUGCCUUCGGUUCAGAAGAAUUCCAAAUCCUCUCAAGGCUCUAGAAAAGGUACCACAUUCCAGAAUGAAUUUACCGGAAUACCUUCGGAGAUUCCCCUAGGAAAUUUGCCGCCGCUUCCAAAACCAAGGUUUCAGUAUUCAGCUCCGACUGUACCAAAACCUAAUCAUGUCUACAUGAACACUGGUGGAAGCCACUCUCAAUAUUCCCUACAGCCAUCAACAGUUUCUUCUUCUGCUAUACAGCCGAAUGAUGGAACACAGUCUCUAUACAACUUUCCGGCACAUGGACCUGAUAGGCAGCAUGGACACUCACAAAAUGCUUACCAGGCUCAGCGCGCAAAUACAAAUGUGGAUCCAUCUUUAUAUCAGAGAUCUGGCCCUGCCUUCAGAACACUUUCUACUCCAACUACACCAGUUAAUGCAACUUCAGAACCAAUAAGACAUCGUAAAACUUCUGAUGCACUUAACAGAGGGGGAAAGCCAUAUCAAAGGGUUCGGACACAAGGCGUACAGACGUUAAACUCGAUAUUACAACAUCAACCAGUUGGAAAAUCACAAGUUUUGAAAAACUCUGGACAACAUCUGCCUGGUGUAAAAACUCAGAGGAUUCUUUCUGCACCAGUUAAUAGUGGAAAUUUCCAACCCCAACAGAAUUUCGACUCUCAGCAAGUUCGGCAAAGGCAGCAGCAACAACAGUAUAGGGUUACACCUAUUUCUGAAUUUAAGGCGUCACGUGAACCUGUUGUCUUAAAACAGCACCUGCGGCAGGAACAAUUUACAUCUCAGCGUCCGCAAGCUACGCGUUCUAUAUCAUCUAGAAGCACACAACAAUACAGACAUGAGGGAUCUGACAUUACACAAAAUCUGGGUCCUAGCCGAGUCACAUCAGAGAAUGUCUACGGUGCCCGAUCAACUAACGUGCCUUAUAUCAAACCAGUUUCGCCGAUUAAGAGAUCAAAGGCAACAACCCACGAACAGUCUUCAAAUCAGAUCUCUCAACUAUAUCCAUCAGGAGAUGAUGAAGCCUCAUUAGAACAGAGAGGAAAGUCCGAACUUGCUCAACAGGGGGAGACUUAUGUGCCCACACAAAACCACCACCAUCAUCAUCAUCAUCGGAGUCACAGUCACCACCGCCUAGAAAGUUUAAGCAACGGCUUUACACUUUCAAUUUCCAACCCAUCCGACGAACAACAUUCUUCUCCUUCUCAACAAAACAGGAGAAGUCCAAUAUUACGACAAUCCUUAAGUUUUCUCCAUAAAAACAGAACAGCAUCAUCUUCAUCAUUGGCUUCCGAAUUCUCGGCUGCUUUGGAUCUGGGCAAGUAUCAUUCUUCUGGGAAGGCUGCGACUGCAGGUGGUAGAAUCAUACCUCAGAGAAUAGAUGUAAGAGGUUCACAAAAAGAUCGAGCAUCAAAAUCAAGAUCAUUUAGCUCAAUAACCAGGAGAGUCACGUCUGCCGCUUCGUUUAGAAAUUCGGGGGAUAAGGAAAGAGUAUAUUCCACUGGCUCACUAUCUUCGAGACAUUCGUCUAAAGAAAUAUCGAAGAAGCCCUCAGUUUAUCCUGCAAUGCUUUCCGAAGUUGCACGAGCUUUCAGAGAUAGAAUCCAACUUGGUACACGUUACAAGAAUGGACUGGAAUAUAGAGACGCAUUUACAGGUGCGGAAGCUGUUGACAUAGUUGCAAGGAUUAUUCGUACUUCCGAUAGAAACCUUGCUUUGCUACUGGGUCGUUCACUGGACGCCCAAAAAUUUUAUCACGAUGUGACGUAUGAACACAGACUAAGGGAUUCAACAAACGAAGUGUACCAAUUCUCUGAAGAUGUUUUUAGCCCAUACGGUGGACACAAUUCAUUUAACCGGCAAAACUCGAUGUCAAGCAAUAAUUAUACUGAUACCGAUGGCCGUGCUAUGAUACCUCCUAGCUAUUCUGGAAAUGAUCUUGCUAACAGGACAUCGGAUUAUAUUGGUGUGAAUGGCGUUUUCACACUAUUGACUGAAUGCUACUCACCAACUUGUUCCCGUGAUAAUUUAUGUUAUAGUAUAGCCUGCCCAAGACGUUUGGAACAGCAGGCUCGACUUAGUAUGAAAUCAGGAUCAUUGACUAGAAGUGACUCGCGGCUUUCUUUGAACCAGGAUGAUCAUAAACCUUAUUGGCAGUUAACUGUUCCAAAAUCACUUCUGGAUUCUCUUGAUAAAAAGGAAAUCAAAAGACAGGAAUGCAUUUUUGAAACUAUAUACUCUGAGAGGGAUUUUGUGAAGGAUCUGGAAUAUCUUCGGGAAUUUUGGAUUAGGCCACUUUCUGAAACAAAAAUUAUCAGACAGAGUGAGAGAGAUCAUUUUGUUAAGACAGUAUUUUAUGGUAUAAACGAGAUUUGGGAAAUCAAUUCAAAGUUUGCCGAGGCAUUGACAAAACGUCAACAGGAAGAUCACGUAGUUAAGGAAGUCGGUGAUAUUUUCUUGGAAUUUAUUCCAAGAUUUGAGCCUUUUAUUAAAUAUGGAGCAGGUCAAGUUAUGGGAAGAUAUGAAUUUGAUAGGCAGAAGAGGCACAAUCCAUUUUUUGUCAGAUUUAUAGAAGAUACAUCCAACAGGGCUGAAUCAAGAAGGCUAGAUGUUUCAUCGUAUUUAUCAAAACCAACGACAAGGCCUGCAAGAUAUCCUUUACUUUUAAGGAGUAUCAGAAAUCACACAGCUCCAGAUUCAAAGGAUUAUGAAAAUUUAGGUAAGGCGAUGGAGAUGCUUGAAAAAAUGCUUAAGAGAAUUAAUUUUGAAACAGGUAAGGCCUCAGAUAGAUUGAAUCUGUUUUUAUUGAAACAGAAGUUAGUGUUCCGGCCAGGUGAGUUGGUUGAUCUUAAACUUACGGCUGAGAACAGAAAACUUCUUUAUCAAUGCACUUUGAAGAAGAAAAAUGCCGCGGAGAAGGACAAGGCAGGAGAAAUACAGGCCUAUCUAUUUGAUCAUGCUCUUCUGCUAGUUAAGGUCAAGGUAAUUAACAAACGGGAAGUUUAUCGCGUGUACCAAAGGCCCAUGCCCAUUCCUUUGAUGUUCCUAUCCUUGAAUGAAGAAGCACCUACUUUGAGGAUGAUAAAACGAGCGGCAUCUACGGGAACUUCAUCUGGUUCUACUACUACAAUGUUAGGAAGAAGUCAACUUCCGCCCGGUAACUUCCAAUUAGCAUCAACUGCCGCAAAAUCUCCAAUAUCAUUCACUUAUAUUGGAAGAAAUGGCUAUAAGCUGACUUUAUAUGCAACACCUGCGAUUCAGAGAAUGCUUGUGGAAAAGAUUGAAACUCAGUCAAAGAAGAUGAUUGAGGACAACGAUGUGUUUACAUUGACACCAUUAAAUUCGAACUACUUUGAUGCAAAUAACAAGAUCAAUUGCGUUGUACCAUUUGAUGGAGGAAGGAAGUUGCUUUAUGGCACCGAUUCUGGUAUAUAUAUUAGCGAUGUCAUAACUAACAGCGGUCACAGAACUGUUUCGAAGCCAACAAGGAUUAUCAGCAAAAUUAAUAUAAUACAAGCAGACAUUUUAGGAGAGUAUCAAGUAUUGCUUGCAUUAAGUGACAAAAAGCUAUUCUACUGGCCGCUUGACGUUUUGAGAGGAGGAGACGCAAAUAAAAAUGCCAAGAUUGGCAAGGAGCUUAUGAGUCAUGUAUCAUUCUUCAAAAUCGGCGUUUGCUCCGGUCGAAUGCUUGUUUGUGCGGCUAAAUCGUCCUCUAAUAUGAUUAGGGUAUUUGAGCCAAUUGAUCCAAUUAAUCAGAGGCGACAGAAGAAAAAGUUUAGGUCAGAAACUAAAGAUGUCAACUUUGGAUCGGAGCCCGUUUCGGUGAAUUUCUUGAAGACAAAGCUGUGUGUUGGAUGUUCCAGGGGCUUUGAAAUUGUUUCUUUGGAUAAUAAUGUGAUGGAACAACUUUUGGAUCCUGCCGAUACAUCGCUGGACUUUGCAAUUGGAAGAGAAGGCUUGAAGCCACUUGAAAUUGAUCGAAUAAACUCGGACUUUCUUCUUUCCUAUUCAUCUUUCUCAUUCUUUAUUAAUCAUAAUGGUUGGAGAUCACGUCCAAAGUGGAUUAUUCACUGGGAAGGUGUUCCUCACGCUUUUGCACUUUGGUAUCCGUACCUUCUUGCAUUUGAUAAUAACAUGAUCGAGAUCAGACACGUUGAGACAGGUGAUCUUCUCAGAGUUAUAGUUGCAGAAAACAUCAGGUUUUUACACUCGUCAUCACAAGAGAUUCUAUAUGCUUACGAGGAUGAAAGAGGCUAUGAUGUUGUUGCAUCCUUAGAUUUCUGGGACAAGACGGUGAAGAAUAACAUUGCUUUAGCAAGCAAAUAA